AUGACUGUGGAAGGCAACAGAGAACUGGACAUGAGUGAGACAACACCAAUUCCCAUUCCAGAAACCAGGUUGACCAGGGGGCAAAGACAGAAAGGUAUAAAGACGUCUAUAAGCAUCAACAAUAUUAAAAAUCAAAAACAGAAGAAAAGAAAUGCUAGAGUUCGUGGUGCUACAACAAGACGAGAAGUAACCACUGGGCUGUUGCGAUCUGGUUGGUAUUCUGAAUAUAAUACGGCUAGCCUGCUUCGAAAAUACAAGCACCCAUUAUGUGAGGGCUCAGAAGAUGAAUGCUGCUGUGAGUUUGAGCAACUAGAUAUAGAUUCUGAUAGAUCUGAUGACUCGGAAGUAUCUGACGAUUUAUCUUUCAGCUCAUGUUCUACCCAAAAUACUAGCUUUUCAUCACCAACAACAUGGUGCAGUUCUCCUUCCGGAUCUAGUGAUAACAUAUUUUCAAUUCCUAAGAAGUCUUCAUCUAAUUCAAAAAUUUCUACUUUCAAUACUCCAAGCUUCUUUACAAACAACAGGUUGAAAAAUUAUCAGUCAUCAGAAUCAUUGAGUAAGCUCCUUAAUGAAUCAAAAGUGCAGACUACCUCCGCCUUCAAAUCGAACUUAUCCAACUCCUUUAAGAGCAUAACGAACGCAAUUAAAAAAUCGGCCAUAGAUUUACUGUUUUAUUCCCAAAAUCCAAGGUCAACGGAUGACGCUAUUCCUACCAAGGCUCCUCAAAGUCUUUCAUGGAAGACAAAAGAUCCGGCACCAUUGCAGGAACUUACUACAUUCAAGGAUUCUUCUACUGAGGAGGUUCCUCCGCUAAUAAAGCCACCAUCCUAUAAAUGUUUUAAAAAUAGAGAACAGAGAAUCAAUUCUAGCUUUUUACGAUUAUACGCCUAUGAUUAUAAUGCUCGAAUAACGGGGUAUCUCCCAAAUAGCUGCGGUCAGGAAGAAGUCAAGACACUUAUCAAGGAAAGACCAUGUCUUAAAGAAUUCGAUAGAAGGUAUAAUUUUCAUAAAGUGUCUGAUCUUUCAAGAGAUAAGCUUUGGAAUAGUAUUAUCCUUCCUCCCAGAACUGAUCCUUCUCCUGGAAGCUCGAUUGAUCUGUCAGACUACAUUUAUGUCGGAUAUGAAGAUUCUCUGUCUCAUUCCAUUAGGAAGCACUCAACAAUUAUAACGGCAUACGGCAAUUACUUGCCUUGGUCCAAUAAUAAGCAUAGUCUUAAACCAGCUGGCAUACUCCAGAAGUCAAAGACCCAUGAAAACGGCGUAACACCGAGCUCAGGUAUAACUAGAACUCAGUUCACUUCAAAAAAUUGGUGCAACCCUCGUUGGAUGGACUGCAGUCAAGAGGAAAGCUUAUGA